UAAUCACAAAUUCUGAACCGAAGUCCGAGCUAACGAAUCAACAAACAAAGAAUCCCAACACAACCACAGAAAACCUGAAAACCAUGGAAGGUGUACAGAUUGCAGUGAACGUUAACAAGAACGCUGUUAGUGUUCCACAAACGACGACGGAUGAGACACCACCCGGAUGGAACCGCGGUCGCAGAUUUAUGGCUCGCUGGGUGUUGUGGUUCGUCGUCUUCACUCUCUUGAGUGGCAGGACGAUCUGGGCCACUAUCUUCAGUGCUAUGUCCAUCAUCAUUAUGAAGGAAGGGACUUUGUUCUCGGGGAAAAACAUCAAGUGGAUGCUCCUGAGCGGGAUUUCGUUUCUUGCAAGCCUCGGCUCGUGGAGUAUGUCGCGAGGGUCAGAGGUCGUUGACGAAGACAAAGCAUAUGGCCUCAAAAUGUCCCUGUGGCUUAUGGCCAAAUCCACACAGGUCGUUUGGGGGAUGAUUCUCGCGGUCUUUUUGUUUUCGGCUGCAACCAGCCGGUCGUCCCCUCCGAAAGAGGUUACAAAAGCUAUGACAGGUGGACACGGAAAGGCCGUUGGCGAUGGGACCAAAGAGGAAUAAAUAAAAUGGGUGSAUAUGGGGUUGGUCCCUGAUCCAGAAUCGUUUUUUUGCCAGCAGUGUAAGCCAUUUUSUUCACCGCCAUAUACAUCACCCCUUAAGAUACAUGAAAUUCCAUUUGAUGCUCGCGCAUUCACAAUAUUGAGGGUCUUAGCAUGAAGAGUAUCACACAUGAAUCGAGAAAUGUGAGGCGAAACGAAGAGGCAUAUAGUUCAUCAAAAUGCUGCAUUGAAUCCUCCACCGACACAAUUCUUGGACGAUUGUUCGUUCCGUUUCAUCGCAUCAAUCCGAGGGGGAAAACUCUGUAAAAUAAAUGCUCAAUUAAAAC